AUGUCAGCUCCAUACAAGAAGAAGAACACACAAAACGUGCCUUGCAUUUACUUCAAGAGGGGUGCGUGUACGAAUCAGCGCUGUCCAUACUUGCACGUGCGUGGGAAGGAGUUGGGUGAGAAUGCAGAUGCGGCACCGAUCGGCAACGGCUCCACAGACGCUGCGACGAAUUUGCUGUCAACGAUGCUGAAGUUGGUCUUUGAGAAGCAACAACACCGUGUGUAUGACGCGUCGUCAGGGAUGUUGGACCUGAGCGAGCUGCGAAAAUUUCCCGACCUGAAGGAUGUUUCAAACUCCAUCAACUUUAAUACACAGAGCUUCUGUCGCGCACUCUGCUCGUCAAUAAAAUCACUCAUUGUCCCACCGCCAUCUGCCAUGCAGUUAAAGGGAAAUGACAUCACUUCUUUUUUUCAUUUUGCCUCACAGAUGGAAAAUGCAGGUCUGCACUUGUCGUUGCGGGCACUUUCACUAGAGGCAAAUGAUAUCAAGACAAUGGAGGCACUUCAAGGAAUUAAAAAGUUCAGCAAUUUGCAAGAGUUGGUUCUUGUGGGUAAUGCCGUGGCCAGGCGUGACGACUACCGCGCGGAGGUGAAGAAAGCCAUGCCGUUUCUCCUCGGACUGGAUGGGGAAGCCAUCAUGGCGCCACCACUGUUACUGCCAUGGCCACGGUUUACAAAUUCAGAUUACACAGACGCACAGCAGCAUGUGCUUCAGUUUGUGCAGUGCUCAUUGUUGAAUCCACUGCAGGCAGGGGAUGCAGCGGGAGUUCCACAAGGUGUGGAUGCGGUAUCCGAUUUUUAUGCCCAGAAAGCCAUUCUGAGUAUUUCCCUCUCGUCGCCAGAGGCCGCGGUAAGUACUCCGGCACGGACUGUCAAAAGCUCUCCGGUGGGAGGUACACAGCGCAAUGUUGUUCGUGAAAUUGUUAGUUUCCGUCUCAAACAGACUGAAAGUAACCACAACCUACUACACGGCGUGAAGUCAAGUGUUGUGGCGUGUGGGCGAACAAAAGUAUGCUCACAACUGGAGCAUUGGUUGUAUCCAAAAAAUUUUUUGGUAGAACAUUUUGUGCACAGCAGUGCAAGCGCCUCUUUCUUGGACAAUACGUAUCUUUCUGGUCCAUCACCCGCGAUAAUGAAGGUGCCAGUGACGGUGGUAACGCUGCAUGGUGUGAUGGCGUGGACCCAUCUCAGCCCACAAAAUCAGUCAAGCAACGAUCGAGUGGUUAUUUAUCGCAACUUCUCACGCGUAAUUUCCGUUCAGCAAAAUGAUGCUGGUCGUUGGUUAAUAACGAACGAUAUGGUGUCACUGUACCCAUUUCCAGGGGACGCAGCGAGUCCGUCAACGAAGGGUGAUGCUAACGCUAGUACUCAAAUAAGCUUGAGUGAGUGCCGUAUUCUUUUUAGUCCCAGAGAAGAUCGCAGUCGUGCUGAGGUACUUGGCAGAAAAAAGAAUGUACCAUUGGAGGUGGUGUUGGCAUUGAGUCAACAUGUGAGCAAUGAUGCAGAACUAAUAACUGUGCUCAACGACAUUGGAGGUGUGCCGCUGAGCAUGUAUGAGCACUGUGCCACACUAGCAGGAGAGAAUAUACUAGAGAGUAUUCAGGUGUGCCGUAUAGGUAACCGGUUUGGAUUGGCCCCAGAAGAAGGUUUGGAAUUGCUUCGACGGGUGGGUGGAAAUUGGUGUGCUGUAGAGGAAGCGAUGGCUGCAGCUGUAGGGGUAACACCACAGGCAUCAUAG